UCCAAUUCGCUUCAUGAGCUCGGGGAGGCACUCACCGCUAUGAAGCGAAAAGAAACGACAACUGGCGAAUCUUCAUUAUUCGACUGAAAUGAUUUAGGAGUUCUUAAGCCAAUAGUCCUAUGAGAAACAUGCGGAUAAGAUACGUCUCGAAAAUCCAAAAAGAGCUGUAGUUUCUGCAGUGUACGUAUCCUUACGCUCGGAGGAUUUCCCCCCGUCGGCCGCUUCGCACCGACCAGGCAAUGACAACGGCCUCCGCAACCCCGCAGCAGAUGAGAGAGCGGCUGCUGCAGGCCAUCGACAGCCAGAGCAACAUCUGUAACAUGGUUGCAGUCCUUGAUGUUAUCACCAAUUUGGAGAAGUAUCCAAUUACUAAAGAAGCACUUGAGGAAACCCGCUUAGGAAAGCUUAUUAAUGAUGUCAGGAAGAAGACGAAAGACGAAGACUUAGCUAAACGUGCCAAGAAACUUCUUCGAAACUGGCAGAAACUGAUUGAGCCCAGCCAAAAUGACACUUCAUCUCGAGGAGUGCAAGGCACCCCAGGCUCAGCCAACGGCAGUUCUCAUCCAUGCCGAACAGAUACACCUCCCGCUGCUCCCCCACCCAGCAAAAAAUCUCCAGAACUUAAAAACAGAAACGAUGUUCAUAACACUUACUCAGCUACCGUGGAAAAGUCUAGAAACCGAAAACACAGGGGGGACCAAAGGGACAGUCCACAUCUGCCCACUAAAAUGCACAAAACAUUCACAUUUUCUUCCACUCCUCCAUCAAAUGGAUUUAGUGGCAGCCCUGAGCCUUUUAUAGAAAAACAGGAUGAUGCACCUUCUGACAGAAACUGCCCAGAGCAUCUUGACAAUGACAAACAAAACAAAAUCCCUGUUAAUGCUGUUAAGCCUCAUCCAAGUUCUCCAGGGCUUACCAGACUCCCUAGCACUUCAUGCUUACUUAAAACAUCAGUGUUACAGCAGCAAUCAAGAACAGACGGAGAUGGAGGUGACAAACGUUCAAUCAGUAGUCCUCAAUUCUCAUUAAGUCCACAUAGUGUAGCUCGCGAGACGGUGGCUAAGAGGUCUUCAGCCUAUGCGUCAAAAGGGACUCUGUUGAGCCCGUCUCAAAAUUCUGCCCAAGUGCCCUCUCUUUUGCCUUUAACAUCCCCGAAUCAAAUGUCUCAUGCUGAUACUCGUCUAACCCUAGACCUAGAGGAGUCGGCUCCCUUCAACAGAUCUCUUGAGAGAACCUCUGAAUCCCUUCAUAACAGCACAGCGCAGGAGCCUUCAGAACUGUCCAGGCACAAUUUCUCGCCUGAGGUUUCUAAAGCUGGGUCAGAAAGUGCGACAUUAAGCAAAAAAAGAAAGAAGUACAGGUCCAGGGACUACAUGGUAAAUCUUCAAGGCCAGUCCUCAGAGGACAGGACAAAGCCCGUGCGGUUAAAAGAGCGCAGAUUGACCUUUGACCCAGUGACGGGACAAAUCAAACCCCUUACUCCAAAGGAGUCUCAUCAGGAGGAGGAAUGCCAGGGACCACCAGUUUUCGAAACUGUGAGGAUUGAGACCCCCCAACAGAAGCCACCCACGACCACGCAAAACCCUUUCCAGCAAACGAACUGGAAAGAGCUGUCUCGGAACGAGAUCAUUCAGUCCUACCUAAAUCUUCAGAGCAACGUUCUGACGUCAUCUGGAGCUCAGACACAUGGUGCACACUUUUUCAUGACCGAAUAUUUAAAACAAGAGGAAAACGCUGUUAAAGAAUCGAGGAAAACUCAUGUUUUAAUCCCAACUGGCUCGACCACCGAACUGCCAGGCAUGAGUCGAGACGUAACGCAUGAGGACCUUCACAGAAUAGACAAAGAGCACUGGCCAGGAGUUAAUGGCUGUUAUGACACCAAGGGAAACUGGUAUGAUUGGACAGAUUGUAUAUCUUUGGAUUUUCAUGGUGAUGAGACCAAAUUGAAUAUUCUGCCAUAUGUCUGCACAGACUAAGGAAACAGCACUAAUGGCUUAUGGUUUCGUUGCCCCCACUGUGAGUUGAAAAGAAAAAAAAAAAAAGUCAGAACUUCUUUAUAUACAGUACUGAAGUUUUGAUACGUUGAGUAAAAUGAGGGGGCUAUUGAGUUUUCUUAAAUUAAAAAAGGUAAUUAAAUAGAUGUCCUGUUUGUAAUGUGCUGCUACCAACAAAAAUUUGCAAACUAGAUUUGUAAAAGAUGGCUCAGUUGGAGUUACUGGGCCAGUUAUUGCACAGUGUGUAUAGGAGUCAGAGCACUAAGCAGUGCAGGUUGGAAAGCAAGUCAGAAACUUGUUUGGCAGUUACAAAAAAGCUUUAUGUGACUUAAGGAAUAAAUUAUACUUUUUAUCAUG